GGACUCCCGCCCCAGGCUGGGCAGGGAAGUGGCGGAUCCGGUUUGUACAGGGCGGGACUGGAAGGGCGUGGAGGGAAUGUAGGGAGCCCGGAGGGCUUCGAGGUUGCGUGGCUGCGGCAGCAUGGUGGGUCCGGAGAAGGAGCAGAGCUGGAUCCCUAAGAUCUUCAGGAAGAAGAUCUGCACGACGUUCAUAGUUGACCUCUCAGAUCCCGGAGGGAACUUAUGCCAGUGUGGGCGUCCUCGGAGUGCCCAUCCAUCAGUGGCUGUGGAGGAUGCAUUUGGGGCAGCCGUGGUGACUGAGUGGGACAGUGACGUGCACACCACAGAGAAGCCCACUGAUGCCUACGGGGACCUGGACUUCGUGGGUGCCGGUCGCAAGCCUAGCAAUUUCCUCCGGCUCUCUGACCGUACAGAUCCGGCCACAGUUUAUAGUCUGGUCACGCGUGCAUGGGGCUUUCGAGCCCCGAACCUGGUGGUGUCAGUGCUGGGGGGGUCAGGUGGCCCUGUCCUCCAGACCUGGCUGCAGGACCUGCUGCGACGCGGGCUGGUGCGGGCUGCCCAGAGCACAGGGGCCUGGAUCGUCACUGGGGGGCUGCACACAGGCAUUGGCCGGCAUGUUGGUGUGGCUGUGCGGGACCACCAGAUGGCCAGCACUGGGGGCACCAAGGUGGUGGCCAUGGGAGUGGCCCCCUGGGGUGUGGUUCGAAAUAGAGACACCCUCACCAACCCCAAGGGCUCGUUCCCAGCCAGGUACCGGUGGCGCGGCGACCCUGAGGACGGGAUCGAGUUUCCCCUGGACUACAACUACUCGGCCUUCUUUCUAGUGGACGAUGGGACGCACGGUCGCAUGGGCGGCGAGGACCGCUUCCGCCUGCGUUUUGAGUCCUAUGUGUCGCAGCAGAAGACCGGCGUGGGAGGGACUGGAAUCGACAUCCCUGUCCUCCUCCUCCUGAUCGAUGGUGAUGAGAAGAUGCUGAAGCGGAUAGAGGAUGCCACCCAGGCUCAGCUCCCCUGCCUCUUGGUGGCUGGCUCUGGGGGUGCUGCAGACUGCCUGGCAGAGACCCUGGAAGACACCCUGGCUCCAGGGAGUGGGGGAGCCAGGAGAGGUGAAGCCCAUGAUCGGAUUAAGCGUUUCUUCCCCAAAGGGGACCCUGAGGUCCUGCAGGCUCAGGUGGAGCGGAUCAUGACACGGAAGGAGCUGCUAACAGUCUAUUCAUCAGAGGAUGGCUCUGAAGAAUUCGAGACCAUUGUUUUGAAGGCCCUUGUGAAAGCCUGUGGGACCUCUGAGGCCUCAGCUUACCUUGACGAGCUGCGUUUGGCUGUGGCUUGGAAUCGCGUGGACAUUGCCCAGAGUGAACUCUUCCGGGGGGACAUCCAAUGGCGGUCCUUCCACCUGGAGGCGUCCCUCAUGGACGCUCUCCUGAAUGACCGGCCUGAGUUUGUGCGCUUGCUCAUCUCCCACGGCCUUAGCCUGGGCCACUUCCUGACCCCGGUACGCCUGACACAGCUGUACAGCGCAGUGCCCCCCAACUCCCUCAUCCGCAGUCUUCUGGACCAGGCGUCCCACUGGUCAGGCACCAAAGCCCAGGCUCUAAAAGGGGGGACCGCGGAGCUCCGGCCGCCCAACGUGGGGCACUUGCUGAGGACGCUGCUGGGGGAGACGUGCGCACCGAGGUACCCCGCCAGGGACGUCCGGGACCUCCACACCGUCCAGGGCUGCAGUGAGAGCUUUUGUCUGCUCUCGGACUGGGCCACCUUGGAACCCUCGAUGGACACUGCCUUUGGGCAGCCCCCCUGGAGUGACCUGCUUCUGUGGGCGCUGCUGCUAAACAGAGCCCAGAUGGCCUUGUACUUCUGGGAGAAGGGAAGCAACUCUGUGGCCUCAGCCCUGGGGGCCUGUUUGCUGCUCCGGGUAAUGGCUCGCUUGGAACCUGAGGCGGAGGAGGCUGCGCGGCGAAAGGACCUGGCGGUCAAGUUUGAGGGCAUGGCCGUCGACCUCUUUGGCGCGUGCUACCGCAGCAGCGAAGAAAGGGCCGCGCGCCUCCUGCUCCGCCGCUGUCCCCUGUGGGGGGAUGCCACCUGCCUCCAGCUUGCCAUGCAGGCUGAUGCCCGUGCCUUCUUUGCCCAGGAUGGGGUGCAGUCUCUGCUGACACAGAAGUGGUGGGGGGAGAUGGACAGCACCACACCCAUCUGGGCCCUGGUUCUCGCCUUCUUCUGCCCCCCACUCAUCUACACCAACCUCCUCACCUUCAGGAAAUCAGAAGAGGAGUCCACACAGAAGGCCCCAGACUUAGACAUGGAUGGGGGCAUUAACGGGGAAGGGCCUGUUGGGCCGAAGGACGCCCCUGAGAAGGUGCCCCUUGGCGGGCGGCGGCAGCGGAGGCCCUCGGGCUGCGGCGGGGGCUGUGCCCGGCACGGGUGCCUGCGCCGCUGGUCCCACUUCUGGGGGGCGCCGGUGACCGCCUUCCUGGGUAACGUGGUCAGCUACCUGCUCUUCCUGCUGCUCUUCGCCCACGUGCUGCUGCUCGACUUCCAGCCGGCGGCGCCAGGACCCGCCGAGCUGCUGCUCUACUUCUGGGCCUUCACGCUGCUCUGCGAGGAGCUGCGCCAGGGCCUGGGCGGCGGCUGGGGCAGCCUGGCCAGCGGGGGCCCCCGGCCCGGCCAGACCCCUCUGCGCCGCCGCCUGCGCCUCUACCUCGCCGACGCCUGGAACCAGUGCGACCUGGUGGCGCUCACCUGCUUUCUCCUGGGCGUGGGCUGCAGGCUGACUCCAGGCCUGUACGACUUGGGCCGCACUGUCCUGUGCCUGGACUUCAUGGUCUUCACGCUGCGCCUGUUGCACAUCUUCACGGUGAACAAACAGCUGGGCCCCAAGAUCGUCAUCGUGAGCAAGAUGGUGAAGGACGUCUUCUUCUUCCUCUUCUUCCUCGGCGUGUGGCUGGUCGCCUACGGCGUGGCCACGGAGGGGCUCCUGAGGCCCCGGGACCGUGACCUCCCGAAUAUCCUGCGCCGCGUCUUCUACCGACCCUACCUGCAGAUCUUCGGGCAGAUACCCCAGGAGGAAAUGGACGUGACCCUCAUGGAGCACAUCAACUGCACGUCGGAGCAGGGCGCCUGGGCGCGCCCGCCCGGCACCCAGGCCGGCUCCUGCGUCUCGCUCUACGCCAACUGGCUGGUGGUGCUGCUCCUCAUCAUCUUCCUGCUCGUGGCUAACAUCCUGCUGCUCAAUUUGCUCAUCGCCAUGUUCAGCUACACAUUUGGCAAAGUACAGGGCAACAGCGACCUCUACUGGAAGGCGCAGCGAUAUAGCCUCAUCCGGGAAUUCCACUCUAGGCCUGCACUGGCCCCGCCCCUUAUCGUCAUCUCCCACGUGCGCCUCCUCAUCAGCCGACUGUGCAGGCGUCGUGGGGCCAACUUGCCCUCGUCCCCAGUCCUCGAGCAUUUCCGUGUCUACCUCUCCAAGGAAGCCGAGCGGAGGCUGCUGACGUGGGAGUCUGUGCACAAGGAAAAUUUCCUUCUGGCACGAGCUCGGGACAAGCGGGAUAGCGAUUCCGAGCGUCUAAAGCGCACUUCACAGAAAGUGGACACAGCUUUGAAGCAACUGGGACAGAUCCGGGAGUAUGAGCGACGUCUGAAAGGACUGGAGCAGGAGGUCCAACACUGUAGUCGUGUACUGGAUUGGGUGGCUGAGGCCCUGAGCCGGUCUGCCUUGCUGCCACCAGGGGGGCCACCGCCCCCAACCCUGCCUGGGCCCAAAGAUUGAGUGCUGCUGGUGGACUUCAGUGAGUAGCCCCACAGGGAGUUUUGCUCCUAGAGUGAGGCCCAGCUGGCCUCAACUUGUGCACCUAACGGCCUUGUCUUUGAGGUGGGCCCCGUGCUCCUGAACUACACCUGGGCAGCUGUUGGGACCACCUUCUGGAGCGUCAUCUAUACAAACCACAGCAGGCCAGGCUCCUCCCAGGACCAGUCCCGCUCUGGGAGGAUCAAACUAGGACCAGACUUUCUGAGGGCCUGCCUCAGCAGGGGGAGGCUGGAGGACCCCUGGAACUACAGGGACCACAGCCCCUAUUCACAGCUUCCCCAUACUGGGGAAAUAAAGCCAUUUGAGAUGAAUAGUAUGUGGAUUUUUGACUUGGAGAAACUGGUGGGUGUCAAGACCUUUCUGAGGUGGUGCCUGGAACUAGGCUGGUGGGUGUGUGGUCCUCGGUGGAUUUACUGCUGUGUUUCAAAUAUCUGAGAGUCUCUCCCUCUGUUAGCACCACUAUUCGUGCCUGACUCAGGCCCAGCACCUUUUGUCUAUGCUAUUUUGAUGGCCCUCACUGCAGAGGAUGAGAACCCAUCUGGGCCGCUCCUAGUUUCUACUUUCUAGUGGAAAAAUAACUCAGUGGUAAUAAGUGAAUUAUAUUCUCUGGAGGGGUGAGUGGGUGCUGUGUACAUCUGCUUUGGCAAUAGGCGAACAGAUGAUGCAAAUUUGAGUAGAUAAAUGCAUAUGUGUCUUUAAAAAGUCUAAUUAGUGGGAAAUUGCAGGCCACGCACGCAUGGGGUUGAGGCAAAUAUGCAUCAUUAUACAUGCAAUUUUACUAAAUGACCCAAAACAAACUAAACUGGUAAUGACAAGGCUGAGGUGACAGCAAUUAUUAGUUAAAUAGCAAGAAAGCCAUCAACAACCAACAUGCAAAAAUCAAAACCAAAACAUCCUUCCUCCAAAUUGGAGGGAGUCCAACUCUCUGCCUCUUUGGGUACAGCGUAGCUUUGAAAUGUUGCCAAGUGUUGCGUGACAAUCAGACUUCUCUGGAAAAUGCUGAAUCAGUUCUCACCAACCCAAGUAGUAGUAAUCAUGGUAAUGAGGACGGCGGGAAUAGCAGCAACAGCAGCAAUGCUGGUCGACACAGUGCUGUCUGUCUGGCAUCGAGAGCGCUUCACGUGCACUAAACCAGAGAAGCCUCAUGGUAGCCACAGAAGGUGUCAUCUCCACUUUGCACAGGAAACAGGCACACAAGGUAAGUGGCUCCCAUGAAAUCACACAACUCGAAUGUUCCUGAGUUGGACUAGAAACGUGGGCAACCUGGAUCCAAAGCCUUUGUGAUGCACUUUGUGUUUAGGAAUGUCAAAUGCUGCAAAGUCACUGGAAUUCGGUCCUCGUGAGGUUUAAACUACCCUCUGAAGUCCAAAUCCACCUUCGUCUACAAGGCUGUGUGACUCUGGGGCUGAGACUGCAGGCCACCCUCUUCUUUGCCACUGGGCUCCUACUAGGCUUUCCCCAAAGGGAUGCUGGAGAGGGAGAGAGAGAAAAGAGGUGGGCUGGCCCCUGAGGAAGAAGGGAUUUGCUCUUUCCUAUUAAUUCUGGUUCCUGAAUGUUGCCCCACAACAUUAGACCACAUUAGUCACUUCCAGGUGUCAACUUCUAUUUUUUGUCAUUUCCAGUUUCUUUGUCUGCCUUUGGCCACAGCAGCCCCAGCCGGCCAGCCCUUCUCUAGGUGGGUUUCUGCUCUACACGGCUGCCUGAUUCUGCCUGCAGUCCUGGGUAACUGUUCCUUUUCACUCCUUCCAUAGUUUUCUGAGACCCAUUUAAUUGAUCUGAGACCCUUGUAUUCAUUUAUCUCUGUUGGAAUAUCUGUAUAACAGAAAAACUCCAGUCUCGUGGGGAUAACUCUGAUACGAGUCAUCAAAAUGUAGACUCGCAACCUCUUGCACAAAUUCCACACAUAAACCAAUUUGGAGACCAAAAGUCCCUAAAUUGAAAAGGAGUCUGUUAAGAUAUUAAAUACUUCUAUAAGUUUAUAUUUUGAAUCUUCCUUCAAGUGGGACUUUUUUCCAUUUACAAAGUAACUGUAUUGGGGAAGGCCCAAUGCUCAGAUUUUUCAGGAAUUAGUAGAGUCUGAAUUUGCUUUGAAUUGACAAUUCCAUUUGGGCCCAAAUGCCAUUGUAACUUAUAAAGUGAGAUAUUUUGGUGGGUCAUCAGGUGAUAAGUAAAAUUUGGGCCCUAAUAAAGGAACUGAACAGACACUUCACAGAAGAAGAAAUAAAAUUAGUCAACAAAUAUAUGAAAAAAUGUUCAAUGUCUCUAGCAAUUAGAGAAAUGCAA